GAGAUUGCCUCAUGAAACAAGCGCAGCGAUGUUCUGAAUUUGAAUGAUGAACUCGUCACGUCUUUUGUUCACAUUAAUGCUCUGAAAAUGUGGUGUUUUCCAUUGCCCUAAGUUCUGACACCAGAGACAGUCUGCUUCUCAAUUCCAGACCUCCAGGAGAUCAGCUCUAUUGCCAGACUGCGGAUUUUGAGAGCUUUAAGGGUAAAUAAAAACAAUCUCACUUAAUUGAUUUCAUUGCCCCCGAUUUCAUCUGAUUUGAUCUGAUCUGAUAUUAGCCGUGCCAUUUUAUAAGCUGCAGGGUUCAGACUACGAGAAAAAAGUAGUGGCUUAUGGUCCGGAAAUUAUGGUAUAUGAAGAAUCUAAUGUAUGAUACUGAAGUUGUUUUCUGUGGAGGUGGAAUAGUAGUCUGAUGAUGGUGACUGUGAUAUGUUACUAAAUAUUGUGGAUACAAGCCAAUGUAGGAUGUGAGCAUCCCCAUAAAGAGUGACUGAUUGGCACAGUUGUCCGUGAAAUCCAUCGUAAUAAAUGGUUAACAAUUGCAUUGCUGAGAAGAAACAGACAUUCCAUUCAGUAAGUAAAAAGGUUAAUUAAUAGUACUGAAUUAAAAAAAAAACAUAACGUAUAUCCAACAGCCUGGAUACAAAAAGAAAAGAUGGUCUCUGCUGUUAAUAAGUGGGGUGGGGGCUGUAUGACCAACCCUGUCAUGAAUAGCCUUUUUUCAUUCUCAAAGAUCUCAUCGAAGAGUCUUCAACAAUAGCACACUGUGAGCUUGGGCAACCACUGUUUUUUCUGGCUGCUUGCCCAGUAACAAGUCUGUUCUGAAUGUGAUGUGUUGUUCGUCACAUAAGAGGAACACAUUUCCUGUCUGAAUUUGAUUCAGUGUUGAUGUCCUUAAUAGCGGAAUUAGGAGCGAUGCUGAAUUUAUUUGCUAUCAAAUUGUCUGAAAGUUGCAUGUGUACACAAGAUAUUUGGCUAAUGUAUUGACACAGCUAGACCUACAGACUCCUUAUUUGGCAAUGAAAGCAACAAGCAACACAAAGGAAACAAGGGUAUGACCGGGUUUUUCUUAAUCUGUACGAGUUGUGAAAAGUUGGUUUCUGUCUGCACCAGGGAGAGCUUUCCUGUCUGCUUGUUUUCCUGAGAACACAGCCAAUCCAAAAUGUCGGGAGGGGUCAUAGGGUGGCUCCUCCACUCAUGUGACUUCACACAAUCAUUAUACAAGGAGGCCCCUCCUUCUUCAAUACCCCACCUACUCUGCAGUGAUUGGUGAAGAUCUUCAUGGGCAGGGCUGAGUCAGAGCCACUGUUGGCUGUGAGAUGACUGGGUCAGGCAGUUCUGCUGAGGCUGUGGAGAAGAAACCAGUGGAAAUUUUCUAACAAUGUUUGACAGGUGGAAUCACUUGCUGUGUUGCAAUGGAAUGUCUGACUUUGGAAAAAGGAAAUAAGCCAUGUUGACUCCGUAGCAGCUUGCUUUGGGAAGGCUGACAACGACAGCACAAGCCAUGAAGAGCCCGGUGGUGUAUGGCAACCCUGUCAUGUUUGCUCCAGUGGAUUGGAAUUAUCCUGUUAGUGCCCCGGUACGGAGAGGAAAAAGUGUGGAAGACCUCGGGGACUCUGGGUGGGCCAAAGAGAGAGAAAGGAUUGCUUAUCUUCAGCACUUGCAGCAACUCCACCUGCUCCAGCAGCAACAGGUUGUGUAUCCCGCAUGCGGAGUCGUUUCACCAGGCCAACCACACGGACCAGUGAUGGUGACUGCUCAAGGUAACCCACUUCCAGCUCCUGGAUAUCAUAUGCCGGCUCAUCCUGGGAUGAUGUUGGCCCAAACUGGGCCAAUGGCGGCUGUAGGAGGAAUAGCACCACUACCUGUUCCUGUAGCAGACUCAUUUCAAGCUCAGUGGGACAAACAAGCUCAGAGCAGACCGGGCAAUGUAGGCCAUCCCAGCAAGAAUGUGUAUUUCCACCCAGGUUCAGAGGAUGGGCACCUAGAUGUGAGGAUUUCUCAGUGGAGGGGCAAAAACUGUUUCUACCAGGGCCCGGAGGUUCAUAGCCAGCACACUCAAGAGCCACGGGAGAGGAGCAACAGUGACCCUAGAAGUCAAGAGUGUUACGGUAGAUCUGCUGAAGACCGAUCAAGGGAUGUCUUUCGAAGGGAAAAUGAGCCUGAAAUGUCUGACCCAUAUGAUCAAAGGACUCAAAGAGACUUUGAUUCGUAUGAUCAUAAGUCAAAAUGCACCAGCAGGGAUCGUUACAGAAAGGGUGACCACUAUGAUGAGCGAGAUCUGCGAUAUUAUGAUGACAGUAGACAUCAUAAUAGUUACUACAGCGAAGACGGCUAUGAUCGCAAGGACAGAGAGAGAGAUUACUGGGACGAUGACUAUGACCGGGACUAUGACUACACGCCAGGUAGACGCUCCAGGAAAACAGAACGUUACAACUACAUGGAAGAUGACAGCUAUGAGGACAGAAGGUAUAGGGAGCGUUUCUACGCUGAAGAACACAAAGAUCGUGCAUAUAAAAACAGUUGUAAUCAAAGAGAUGAAGGACAUAACGGUAAGUACAGGGAGCGAUGUGGUUAUGAGUCAGAUAAAGAGAGGAAUAACUUUAAUAGGUAUCGGGACAUAAACAAUGACAAGCCAAAGGAGCACGACAAUUUUAGAGAUCAUGGCCGCCAUAAAGAGAAGGACCAUUACAAGUAUGAAGAAGCCCUGAUGUAUGAAAAAAGAAGCAAAGGCCUUUCUCCCAGCAAAAACCGAGACAGAUAUCAGGAUUUAAGAUCCAUGUCUGUGGAUUUCCAGUUUGAGGACUUUUCCAAGAAAGCACACAAGACACACUGUGAAGAGUGGGUUGAGCAGCAAAACAAAAAGCUGGCACUGAGAGAAAGGCACUCUAUGGAGGACCCCGGUGUCUACAUGCACAGUAUUGAGCCAGAAAAGGGAUACGAGUCGGUUGGAAGGAGCUCACGUUCAAAACGGGUUCGCAGGCCUGUUUAUAUGGGCUCAUUGGACCGCAACAGCUUCUACAGGAAGACGGCGCCAAGCACACUCCGAACAUCAGCAUUUCCCAGCAAGACGAAGCAAGAUACAGAGUUGACAUCCGCACUACCCAAAACCUCAGAGCCUGGCACUGAUGUCGAUGAUCCUAGUCUGAGAAUGUUGGAGAAGAGGUCAAAAGUUAUUGAGGAGCUGCUUCAAACAGAGAAGGACUAUAUCAAGGACCUUCAGAUGUGUGUGGAGGAGAUUGUGGAGCCUCUACAGAAGAAGCAGGUGAAGAAUGUGGAUUUUGAGGGCCUCUUUGGCAACCUUGUUUCAGUUAUCGAUCUGUCGCAGCGUCUCUUUGACUCGCUGCAGGAUUCAGAUUCCACUGGACAAGUGUUCCUGGACUUUAAAGGUGAACUGGAGGAAGUUUACAAAAUCUACUGCCAGAACCAUGACGAUGCCAUUUCUCUGCUGGAAAGUUAUGAGAAAGAAGAGAGCAUCCAAUGCCACAUGCUGGAGUGUCUGGAUAGGCUGAGGGCCAUAUACAGAGAGUGGGGAAAAACCAACUACAUCAACCUGGGCUCUUUCCUGAUCAAGCCCGUGCAGCGAGUGAUGCGCUACCCACUGUUGCUGAUGGAGCUUCUGGGGGCCACUCCAGAGGGCCACCAUGACCGUCCUCAGCUGUCUGAGGCUCUCUUGGCUGUCAAGGAGAUCAAUGUGAACAUCAACGAAUACAAGCGCAGGAAGGACCUUGUUGUGAAGUACAGGAAAGGAGAUGAGGACACGUUCAUCGACAAGAUUUCCAAGCUGAGCAUGCACUCAAUCAUCAAAAAGUCCAACCGAGUCAGUAGCCACCUCAAACACUUGACUGGAAUAGCACCGCAGAUUAAAGAUGAUGCAUUUGAUGAGGCGGAGAAGAGAUUUCGGCAGCAGGAACGACUCAUAAAGACUUUCAUCAGAGACAUAUCAUUGUACCUGCAGCAUAUCAGAGAGUCCACGUCAGUCAAAGUCUUGGCUGCCAUCAGCUUCUGUGACAUCUAUACAGAACGCAGCAUGCCGGACCCUGAACGCUUCCAGAGAGCUCACCGAUGCAUCAGCGACAAACAGUUCACUGAAUUUAAGGAGCGCACUGAAUCGUUGGUCAUCAACCCACUCACCCAACUGCUUCUCAUGUUUGCUGGACCCCACAAACUCAUCCAGAAGCGCUUCGACAAGCUACUGGACUACGACAACUGCAAAGAGAGAGCUGAUCGAAUGCGGGACCGUCGGGUCCAGGACGAGCUUCAGGUGGCCCGUAACAACUACGAAGCUCUGAACGCUCAGCUGCUGGAUGAGCUGCCAAAGUUCUACACGGCAGCAGAGGAGCUGUUUACUGGCUGUGUGCGUGCCUUUGCUCAGGCCCAGAAGGACUUCAUGAAGACAACACUUGGAGAGCUGAGGCCAAUGCUUCAGUUUGCUCGGAAAGUGGAGACAGAAGGGAACCUGAUAGCACAGUUCCAGGAGGAAUUCACUCGUGUGCUGCAACUUCUGCAGAGCUUCAGCUUCUGCCACACAGACCCCCCCACAGUCGCAAAGAAACCGUUUGAGAAAAAGACGCUGGAGAAGCAGAGUACCAGGAAGCAGCUGCAGGGUUCUCCCAACUGCAUGCUGCAGACGGAUGAGCAUCGUGGGACUCUCCUGAUGCGCUACGGGCCUGACAAGCUCUUCCAGGCGGAGAGGAACUUCAACGCAACACAGGACCUGGAUGUCUCCGUUCUUGAAGGAGACCUUGUGGCCGUUAUAAAGCAGCAAGAUCCUAUGGGAAGCCAAAAUCGAUGGCUGAUCGAUACUGGGGUUGCGCAGGGUUUUGUAUACAGCUCCUUCCUCAAGCCCUACAACCCGCGCAGGAGUCAUUCUGACGUCUCCAUUGAGAGCCAGUCAUCCAAUGAGUCGGGUUAUGGCGGCUCCUCGCCUGUCUUCUCUCGCCAGAACAGCACCAACACACUUAUGUUUAACCAGGAGACAUCCACCGUCACCUACUCUGUGACGCAGAGCCACUCAUCCCCCCAACCUUCUGCAGACUCGUCGUCCUCCUGCCGGAGUCAACCGCAGGACACUAUGAACUCUGACUCCAUCAGUCAGAGCAACUCCAUCAAUUCCUCUCCCCGAAACCCCCCACACCGCAGCAGGGAGCACAACGAGCGUACGCGGCACCACUCACCCACUCACCGACAGAUGGAGGCUUCAUAUCUUCACUCAACCAGCCACAGGGACUCGUAUGAGACGAGUCACUCUAGUCCCCAUAGAAACACCCUGGACUUGUCAGAGACAGACUCCUGUUCUUCAAACAGGACAACUGACAGAAUCUAUGCCUCACAGAAGAGGAAGAGCCGCGACGACGGUCGGAAGAAAAAGUACCCUCACUCUCGAGAGGAGUAUAUCGAACCAGAAGCAGAGCAGGAGAGUGAUCUCGACGGCCACCAGAUUUACUAUGCACUCUACUCCUUCACUGCACGAUGUGCCAAUGAGCUGAGCAUCUCUGCCAACGAGCAGCUUCGGAUUCUGGAGUUCCAGGAUAUGAAUGGCAACAGUGAGUGGUGGCUUGGGGAGGUGGGCGGUCGACGAGGCUACGUGCCAUCCAACUACAUUCGAAAAUCGGAAUACACAUGAACGGUUUUGUGCACGUGCAACUGCAAGGUCCCUACUGUGAGAGGCCAAACCUGCGAGCACACAAAAACAAACCAUUGUUUUGUUUGUCUUGGCAUUUUGAAGUGAAGGACUGAGUCUGAUCUUUAAAUUUAGAUCCCUAUAUUUAUUUUUAUAUUCUUUUAUACCUCCUGAGCUGGACCUGCUUGGUCUGUUUCUAUCAUUAACCUGUGAAUUGCACCAGAAUCUGCCCUUUCUCUGAGGCAGAAGAGAUGAAUGUCUGAGAUCACAGUGGAAAUAUUGUGGAAUGAGUUUAAACAAGUGAAUCUCAAUAAAUAUUGAUUCUCAACAAUCAGUGUGAGGCACUCAAUUCCUAUGUGCCAACAGUGUGAAGUGUCUGUGGUGGCAUGGGAAAGAGUUUGGAUUGUCAACGUCACCAUUCACAGAGUGAUCAAGUGACGCUGUGAAAGAGUGACUUCUUCAUCCUACAAUGAAAAAAAAAAUGUGUUAUUGCUCCAUUUGUUAACAUGGCCGGUGUAUAAAUAAAACAGAUUCACUGACA